CAGACGUACCAGCAGUAAAUACAAAAAUGGCCGACGAGUUUAAGGAAGUUCAACACGACAAAGCCCAAAUAUUUGGACAAUUCGGAACUAAAGUUUCUCUGCAGUCUUUUUCUAUGCGUGAACUGAUCUUGGGCGCAGUUGUGAUCUUUACGGUUAUAAUCUGUCUCAUUCUAGCAUCUCUUCUUGGCGUGGCUAAACAUUCGAAUCCUUCUGCAUCUGCUCUAAGUGGGAACCUGGGCGGGUCCUGCUCCACCAAGCUAUGCCUGGAGAGUGCUGCUUACAUUUUAGCCAACCUGAACACAUCCGUAGACCCGUGCGACAACUUCCACCAGUAUGCGUGCGGGGGGUGGAAGACGUGGAAGCCCAUUCGGCCGGACCGUCAGUCGAGAACCACUUUAAACGAACUGUAUUACCAAAACCGACAAAAGCUUCGUGUGAUCCUGGAGGGAUCGAAGACUCGCGUGGCAUCAUGGUCGUCAGAAGUGAAGCUGAAGGAUUUGUACGCUUCGUGCAUGGAUGAUUACACGACGGAGAAGUUAAAAGGAAGCCCGUUUAUUAAGAAGGUCCUACCAGACAUGGGUGGCUGGGCAGUCCUUGGCACCUGGAACCCAAAUAACUUUAACCUUAAUAAAAAACUCAAAAUUGUGCAAGAGAAAUAUUUGGUUCAAGCUUUCUAUAGACUUGCUGUUAUACCAGACUGGGCUGACAGAACCAAACGAGUAGUCGGGAUAUACCCUGCUGGAACUGGUCGAUACAUGCCAUGGUAUUACUACGUUAGUCCACAGACCCAGAAGGUACGUACGGACUAUAAGAAGUUCAUGACUCGUGUAUCCAACUUUCUGGUCCGUGAUUCCGGGGUGAAAAUCGACCCUGCAAUACAGUCUCGAAGAAUAACUCAGUUUGUCAACGAUGCCUUUGAAAUAGAAGUGAAGGUCGCUAGGGCCGCCCUGUACACGCGCUGGGCGAGGAACCCCUACACUGACGAGAACAAGGUCAGCCUGGACACCCUGUCGACUCAAACACAAAACGUGAUAGACUGGACGGGGCAAGUCAGUUACCUGUUUGACAAGGCUAAUGUUAACCACAAUACCAAGGUGGUCGUGUUCAAACCAGACUUCCUCAGGAACGUCUCACUGAUGAUAAGUCAGUUAGACCCAACAACAAAAGAUCGAAAGCUGCACAGCUACCUGACGUGGCGGAUAAUGGAGACGUACGUACAGGACAUGUCGUGGGAGUACGUCCAUGCUAAUCGGGAGAUGUAUGUAGACAUCUGGGGCCGGGUGGAGUUCCUCGGCAAAUUCCGCUACUGUUUCUUCUACGUGAACCGGAAGAUGCCCGAGGCAUUGUCCUCGCUAUUUAUUGCUGACCAUUUCGAAGACAAAAACAUAAAAAAGAUUACAGAAAUCACUGAAAAUAUUAAAAAGGCUAUUAAAACAAUUAUGUGGAAAACGCCGUGGAUGGAUGAUGCUACUAGAAAAUACGCAGAAGACAAGCUUAAUGUAGCCAGCUACAAACUCGGAUAUCAGGAUUUUCUUACAGACCAAGAUAAAGUCGACGAAAUCUACAAAACUCUGACGAUCAACAAGACGGACUUCUUCCAAAACAAGCUGGAGUUGAACAAGAUGGACAAGGCGAAGUGGAACAAGGAGCUGCGUGAAGGGGAGGACAGGAACAGCUGGUACUACAGCGCCAUCAACACCAACCUGGCCGUGCUCUGGUACUGGAACGAGGUGAUCGCCCCGGCCGGCAUCCUGCAGUUUCCGCUCUACGACCACGACGAGCCACACGCCAUGUCGUUCGGCUCCAUCGGCAGCAUCAUGGGCCACUUCAUUCUGCACAUCAUCGACGAGUACGGUCGGCGCUGGGACAAGACUGGCAAGUACAUGGGCAGAAACACGUACUGGUGGACAAACGCCACGAACCAAGCGUACCUGGACGUCAAACAGUGCAUGGUGAACUUCUACUCGAACAGAACACAGGGGCCGUACGUUGAUCCCGAUGGAAAGACAGUCAACAUUCCAAUCAACGCGAAUUCCUUCUACACGGAGGGAAUCUCGAUCACAGACGGAAUGAAAGUCGCUUACUAUGCGUACCACGACUGGCAGCAGACGAAGGGGGCAGACAAACCGGUGCCGACUGGACUAGGGCUCACGAAUGAUCAGAUUUUCUUCAUUUCUGCCGCUCAGACGUUCUGCGCCAACAAGAACGCUCAGGCGAGUUACAACAGUGCUCGGUACGGCUACCCGCAAGAAGAUGUCAGAAUCAACAUGGCGGUCAGUCAGUUAAAGGAGUUCAGCGAUGCCUUCAAGUGUAAAGCAACAUCGAGAAUGAAUCCAGCCAACAAAUGUCAGUUGUACUAGGAUGGUCACCACAACACAGCGAUGUUAGCUAGUCACUGUGUAAAGGAACCCGACUGAUGCCUGAAAACUACAGACCAAUAACGUUGUUAUGCUGCUGUUCUAAAUUAUUUACCACAAUUUUAAACAUAAGACUAAAUUCAUUUAUUGACGAACAUAGCAUAUUGAGCGAAUCCCAAACAGCAUUCCGAAAAGGCUAUUCUACCACCGACCAUCUAUUUAGUAUUCACUCUUUAAUAGAAAUUUUGAAAAAUAGGAAAAAGAAACUAUACUGUGCUUUUAUCGAUUUUCAAAAGGCCUUUGAUAUGAUCCCCAGAACCUGCUUGUGGCAAAAAUUAUUAGACAAUAAUAUAAAUGGAAAAAAUUUCAAAAUUAUCCACCAAAUGUAUCAAGGUAUUAAAUCUUGCAUUUGCACUAACAAUAUAUUAUGGGAACUAUUCGCAUGUAACAUCGGCGUGCGUCAAGGUGAAAAUUUGUCACCUGUUCUAUUUUCUUUAUAUUUAAAUGACCUGGAAACGUAUCUUCUUAGCCAAAACUGCAUUGGAGUCUUUCCUGUUAUCGAUGAUCUCGAUAUAUUGCUUGAAGCUGGUAUUUGCUUGCUCUCCCUGCUAUAUGCGGACGACACAGCCCUCCUAGCAACGAACCCACGUGAUUUACAACAUACCCUUAACAUGUUCUACAAUUAUUGUAAUAAAUGGAAGCUUAAAAUCAAUAUCAACAAGACAAGAAUAUUAAUUUUCAAUGGCACAACCAAUGAUUACAAGAAAACAUUUACCAUCGGAAAUACGGUUCUUGAAAACGUUAAAGAAUAUAAAUACUUAGGUUUAACUUUUAAUAAGCAAAACAAGUUCAACACAACAAGAAAAUUUCUAUCCCAACAAGCUACAAAAGCAAUGCAUUUCGUUUUAUCUAAAUCUAAAGAUAACAAUCUAUCAAUAGAAUGUAAGAUAAAAUUGUUUGACACAAUGGUAUUACCUAUUCUUCUGUAUGGAUGUGAAUUAUGGGGUUAUGAAAACAUUGACAUCAUUGAAAACAUACACAUAAAUUUCAUGAGACGCCUGCUCCCGGUUAAAAAAGGUACACCGAUAUUUAUGUUAUACGGAGAACUAGGACGUAGACCGAUUAAACUAAUUAUUCAACAAAGAAUGAUACAUUUCUGGGCCACAAUUGUAUCAGAAAAACAAACAAAACUAUCCUUUCUAUUGCAUGGAUUUAUGUUACAGGACUCGUCCGUAAAUGGACACAACUACACUUGGAUCCAACAUAUCAAACAAUUAUUUAACAACCUAGUAUGACGGAUAUAUGGUUGUCUCGAAGAUUUUCAAAAAAAAAAAAAAACUUCUUGAAUAUAUCAAAUUGAGGCAGCAUGACCAGUACCUUCAAACGUGGAAUAAUAACAUUGCAUCAUCGUCUAAAGGAAAAAAUUAUACAAUUUUUAAAAAUCAGCUAAUUUUUUAAAAAUACCUCACCAUAAUGCCUGAAAAACUAUGGAUCAUUAUUCUUAAAUUCAGAACAUCAAAUCAUUACCUCCCGAUUGAAAUAGGACGGUGGAAUAAUACACCAGUAGAAAAUAGGUUAUGCACACUUUGUGAUUCUAACGAUAUUGGUGAUGAAUAUCAUUAUCUAUUUAUUCACUUGUGCCUUCUUUACUAAUUCUCGAAAAACACUCCUAAAACAAUAUUAUUAUGUGAACCCCAGUACCCUAAAAUUUAAAGAGUUAAUGACUAGUAAUAAAAUAAGGGUCCUAAGAAAAGUCAGCAAAUUAAUUAAAAAAAUUAAUGAUCAAUUUAAAA